UCGCUGACCGGUGACUUGGCCGAGGUGGUGACCAUAACAGCCCUUUCCAAGCUGAUGGUGGGAAGCCGGGGGCAGCAGGAGCCUAAGUGUGCUUCCUGAGCAUGCACAUAUCUUCAUCAGCAUGGCCGUUCUCAGCUGGCCGCGCAGCUUACACUCUUCAUUUUCUCUCGUCCAGUCUGACAGCUUUAAGGGACACUGAGCUUUCCGCUCUUCGACGCUCGUUUGAUUAGUUUGAGCCGGCUAGACCGGCGACAGUGGCUGUUCUUUGCGGCCAUCAGGCUGCACUUAUUUAGUUCCAGCACCUGCCUCAUGCCCGCUGCUUUUACUUCUGGAACAUUUGGAUACUUGAGCAAUCCUGUCGCCGUCCUGUGCACCGGCUACCUAGCAUCUCAGGUUGGGUAGACGAUAGGAUGCCAAUGCCAAAACCACCUGGACCACAUCCUCGAAAAGAAUCCUGGGCGCCCACGCAGAUGUUCCUUCACCCCACCAUUGGAGUUGACGAUACGGAGAUCGAGGAGCUGGAUCUAGCCAGGAUGGGCGAGGACCCUCUUACCUAUUUUCUGACGCCGACUGUUUCCUCUUAUGGGGAGGAUGGGGAGGGCAUGGACUUUGAUAUGGAGUUUGACGCCGGAAUUGAAGAUGUCAAACACCCGCCACUGAUUGUGAGGAGCGUCAGUCCAUCCAGCCUGGAAGGGUUGAGCCGUCCUCCGCCCCGGCCGCCUACACCACCAAGGUCUCCAGCAACCCCAGACUUGGAUUAUAGCAUGUCCGCAACGCCGGACGAACAAGACGACUAUUUGGAGGCGGCUGCGGCGAUCAAGCCUUCUGGGCCCUUAGCCCUCUCUCGUCGUCUCAAAGGCCUUGCCCAUGGAAAGCUGAAGGCCUCCUCGAAGCAAGGAGCCAGUGCCAUGGAUGCCCCUCUUCCGCUGGCGUUUCAACCUUCCUCGCAUGCGUCAAACAGAGGGCGCGCCAUGACCCGACCCGCCCUUAAACCUGCGGCGGCUUCAGGAAAAGCCAGUGUUCAGAUUAGACGUUCUACGACUACACCAAUGCGUCUAUCGCCGCAUGCGUGGCGUGAGCCAAGCCCGGAUGUAUGGUCCAUCGAGGAAGAAACCCAGGAGGAGCUAAACGUCGAGAUAAUUGAGGACGGGGAGGAUGAUAUCGUUGCGAGGGCGGGAGCGGUAGACAUUCCGGCUGCAAAGCCAAAGAAGAGGGUUCGAUUUGCCCUGCCUGCUGAAGGUUCUGGCAAGGCCAUGCAUUGAACACAGAUGAUUCGACGCCAUCAUACGAAGUAUAAAUUGCUUGAUUCUGCCUCGUUCUGUUUCUGGGUUUCCUGUAUUGUACUCGUAUAACAGUUACGUUGCAUCGAUGGGCGGAUCAGGAGGGCACCCUUACUAGUGUAUAUAAUGUACCUGGUCGUCUUGUACUCCGUAAUUGGCUUACAAUUGGAGAACGUGGCUGUUCUGCUCGCGGCCCCCUCCUACUUGGAUUCUCAUCCUUCUCAUGUGCUACAUUCCUAGGGUGCAUAGACUAAGCCAAGCGAUGUCUCUAAUCGAAC